CUGCAGGAUGAUGAUCUGUCUCCUGCCGCUUGAUCCGUCGUCGCCCACUGAGCGAUCGUCGAUCGAACAAGAAGAAAGAGAGGUAAUUCGGUCGGAGCAGAAACGUACGCAGCUGCUGGAGGAGUUUAUAUACAACUUAAUUACAUGCCAUGGCCUGCCGCUUGGAUUGCCACGUGGAAACUUAGCCGGCACUCGAUCGGCUGUUUCAGAAUCAUGCCCAACGCAAAUAGACGAAAGUCAGCUGAAAAUUGACUUGCUUGCUGGAUCAAAAGUUACAUAUUGCGUGACAGUAAAAAUCACUUUUCUACGGUUGUAGUUUCGUAGUUGAUGACCGAUGGGCGGUGGUGGUGGUUGGCUCGCAUUCUAAUUGAUUCUUUCAGCAUAAUCAAUCCAGCAGCAUAGAUGGAAGAAAACGACGAUUUCUUAUCGUCUCCGAUCGUCUUCGUGGACUCGUCACCGUCUUCAUCGGAAGACGAAAAUGACGCCGUCUCCCUCCAUUCCACUUCAAAACGCCUCGACUAUAUGCUCCAAUUCCUCGAUCGCAAGCUCUCCGUCGACCACAGCGGCAACACGAGCAACGCCUCCCCGCUCCCUGAGUUCGAGGCCAAGGGCGGACGUACGGGAAUGUUCAAAGUCCCGGUUCGGGCUGCGGUCCACCCGAACCGGCCUCCCAAGCUGGAACUGAGGCCCCAACCGCUGAGGGAGACUCAAAUAGGAUGCUUCUUGCGGACUAUGGUCAGCACCGAGUCCCAAUUGUGGGCUGGGACCGAGUGCGCCGUCAGGGUGUGGAACUUUAACGAUUUGUACUCGGCGGCGGCCGCUGGACAAGGGAGAGGCGAUGAGGAAACGGCACCGUUUAGGGAGUCCGUGUCCACAUCCGCGGUCAUGUGUUUAGUUGGGGACGAGGGGAAUAGGGUGGUGUGGAGUGGGCAUAGGGAUGGUAGGAUCAGGUGUUGGAGUAUGGACUCCAUAACUGCUCCUUUUAAGGACUGCUUGUCUUGGCAGGCUUAUAGAGGCCCCGUUCUUUCUCUUGUUAUUUCUUGUUAUGGGGAUCUCUGGUCAGGCUCAGAGGGUGGUGUCAUCAAGAUAUGGCCAUGGGAGGCUAUUGAAAAAGCUCUCUCUCUCACCAUUGAAGAAAGACUCGUGUCUUCUUUGUUGGUGGAGAGGUCUUACAUUGAUCCUUGGACCCAAGUUGCCGUAAAUGGUUUCACUAAUGUACUAACUUGGGAUGUUAGGUACUUAUUAUCAGAUAGUUCCAGUGCAAAGGUGUGGAGUGCUGGUUAUCUCUCAUUUGCACUCUGGGAUGCGCGUACAAGAGAAUUACUGAAAGUAUUCAAUACCGACGGUCUGAAUGAGAAUCGAGUGGACAUUUCAUUGGCACAGGAGUUGCCAGUAGAAUUAAUUUCCGGAGCAAAAAAAGAUAAAACACAAAGUUCUUUUGGUUUCUUUCAGCGAUCACGUAAUGCAUUAAUGGGCGCAGCAGAUGCUGUUCGUCGAGUUGCAGUGAAGGGUUCAUUUGGAGAUGAUAAUCGAAGAACUGAAGCAUUGGUAAUUGCAGUAGAUACAAUGAUUUGGACGGGGUGUACAAAUGGCCUACUUGUGCAGUGGGAUAGAAAUGGCAACCGUAUGCAAGAAUUCCAUUACCAUUCUUCUGCUGUUCAAUGCUUUUGUACUUUUGGGCUACGUAUAUGGGUUGGUUAUGCAAGUGGCACUGUCCAAGUAUUGGACCUUGACGGUAAUCUGCUCGGAGGAUGGGUUGCUGAAAACUGUUCUAUUAUUAAAAUAGCUACAGGAGCUGGUUAUGUAUUUACCUUGGCCAAUCAUGGUGGUAUAUGUGGAUGGAAUAUUACAUCACCGGGACCUCUUGACAGCAUAGUGCGUUCAGAAUUAGCUGGCAAAGAAUUUCUAUAUACAAGGAUAGAAAACAUGAAAAUUUUGACUGGUACAUGGAAUGUUGGACAAGGAAGAGCAUCCCAGGACUCACUUAUAUCCUGGCUAGGCUCUGUGGCUUCUAAUGUUGGCAUUGUUGUUGUUGGUCUGCAAGAAGUUGAAAUGGGCGCUGGUUUUCUUGCUAUGUCUGCAGCCAAAGAAACUGUAGGUCUUGAGGGGAGCUCUGUUGGGCAGUGGUGGCUGGAUAUGAUUGGAAAAACAUUGGAUGAAGGAUCAACCUUUGAACGUGUUGGAUCUAGACAGUUGGCAGGAUUGCUCAUUGCUAUGUGGGUGAGACAUAAUCUCAAAGCUCACGUUGGGGAUGUUGAUGCUGCAGCAGUUCCAUGUGGUUUUGGGCGUGCUAUUGGUAACAAGGGAGCUGUUGGUUUGAGGAUUAGAUUGUAUGGCAGGACAAUGUGCUUUGUUAAUUGUCACUUUGCUGCGCAUUUGGAAGCCGUUAAUCGCCGCAAUGCAGAUUUCGAUCAUGUAUAUCGAACCAUGACCUUCUCUCGGCCGAAUUAUCUCAAUUGUGCAGCUGCUACUGCUUCAUCUGCUGUCCAAUUGCCUCGUGGUACAAAUGCUAUUGGUAACAAUUCUGUAGAAGGGAUGCCUGAGUUAUCUGAAGCAGACAUGGUCAUAUUCCUUGGUGAUUUUAACUAUCGGCUUGAUGGUAUAUCUUAUGAUGAAGCUAGAGAUUUUGUUUCUCAAAGAUGUUUUGAUUGGCUUAGAGAACGGGAUCAGCUCCGAGUGGAAAUGACAGCCGGAAAUGUCUUUCAAGGAAUGCGGGAGGCAGAGAUUACAUUUCCUCCCACAUACAAGUUUGAAAGGCAUCAAGCUGGUUUAGCAGGGUAUGAUUCUGGUGAAAAGAAGCGCAUUCCAGCUUGGUGUGAUAGAAUUCUGUAUCGUGAUAGCCGCUCAGCGUUGGUAUCAGAAUGCUGCUUAGGAUGUCCUGUUGUCUCUUCAAUAUCACGGUACGAGGCUUCCAUGGAUGUAACUGACAGUGAUCACAAGCCAGUCCGGUGCAUUUUUACUCUUGAUAUUGCUCGAGUUGAUGAGUCAAUAAGGAGACAAGAGCUUGGAGAUAUCCUGGAAUCAAAUGGGAAGCUCAAAUGUAUGCUUGAAGAACUAUCCAAGAUUCCUGAAACUAUUGUCAGUACAAACAAAAUAAUCCUUCAAAACCAGGAUACAUCCAUUUUGCGUAUUACAAAUAAAUCUGGCCAAAAAGAUGCUUUUUUCGAAAUAAUUUGUGAAGGGCAAUCUGUCAUUAAGGAGGAUGGACAUGCAUCAGAUCAUUGUCCCAGAGGUUCCUUUGGCUUUCCGCGAUGGCUUCAGGUCACUCCUGCAGCUGGCAUUAUCAGACCAGAUCAUAUAGCAGAGGUGUCUGUUCAUCAUGAGGAACACCAAACUCUAAAAGAGUUUGUCGAUGGUGUCCCCCAGAACCGUUGGUGUGAAAACACCAGAGACAAGGAAGUUAUACUGGUGGUUAAGGUACAUGGGAGGUACACUAAUAACACCAAAAGCCAUCGCGUCUGUGUGCGUCACUGCUGUUCAGCCAAUACAAAGCAAAGAGAACCCCCCGAGCACGACACCAGACAAACCCAAGGAACUGCUCUGCUCCGGUCUAACUUCCAACACCUUAGCAGUUCCUAUGACGUGGUUGACCACCUGUGGGGUAUGAAUAGUCCUUGAAGCACCACAGAUAGUUGUGUAAUACUGUCAUUUGAUUAUGGCCAAUCAAAAUUGGUAAACAAUCAUUCUGUUCGGUCAAUUACCUGAAAAAGCGUUGUUGCUUUUCCAGGUUUCUAUGAAAGCUGAUUCAUUUUAUAGCAUUGCGGUUCAUUUGAAUUAGUGUCAAUUAUUUUUGUGGUGAUGCUGUUGUUAAAUGAACCCUUUUAAAUUGAUACCAUCAUUGUUUA